AUGAGCACAUGGGACACCACCUUUCACAGACUGCUUGCAUUGGUACCGAAUGAACCCGGAGACGCGUUUGUGUACGGCGUGUACGGCAAUACGCUCGAUCUAAUCGUUAGGGUUUGUCGUUCAAGUGUGGGCCAGGAUGCAGGAUCUCUAUUCGUGCAUAUCGAUAGCAUUGCUCUCGAACUCCAAUUUAUCGACGUCGAAGUUGCAAACAACCUCGCUUGGGACGGCUUGCGACCCGUCAUUGAUUCCCCGCACAUGCGCUGCCUUUGUAUCGUUCAUGGCGGGCCGGAAUACCACGACUUUGUGGUCGCAAAGAGAAUCUUGUGCUCUGUGUUGCACUGCGCGCAGCUGACCUGGGCUCUCGAAUCAGGCAAACUACAAUUCGGGAGUCGCUGGUACACGGAGAAUUAUGUUACGAGUGCAGACAUUUUGUUGGUACCGACAGAGCACACCAUUGACGGCAUCAUGAUCACUCUCAACAUCACCAAACAAGCCGAGUAG